AAAGUUUGGAACAUCGAACCAGUUAAGUUUGCUAUUGUGACUAAAAAUGGUGCGAAAUUUGAAGACUUAGACAUAGAAGGUUUGUUAGCAGUCAAAGAAAGUUUUGACAGAAGGUUCUCAAACCUUAAAGAAGGCAAAGCAUACAAACUUGUUAUACCUUAUGAACCAAAGAAAGCAGACGACUAUGAAUAUUAUGAGUCUAAAGUUGUAGAAGUUCAAGGUAAAUUGGGUAAAAAGAUUUUAGAGUCUAAGCCAGUGUUUGCUCCUAAAGAGGAAGAGAACAUUGACAUUGACCCAGAAAUGUUCUAA